CAGUGACACUGGUGCCCCCAGGACGGCUGUUCCCCCCCCCAGUCUGGGCGGCUUGUCGGGGUGGGAGGUAGGUCCUCGGCCCUGGGAGACUACGGCUCUCUUGCCUGUCCCGAGGCAUUGGCUUUCUGCCUUUAUAAAACUGCUUCCCAGCUCAAGGCAGUCGACCAUUUAAGAAUAAAGGGCAAAGCAACACAGUACAGAAGGAAACGCAGCGUAGGGAGGGAAGAGGCAUCGAAGCCGGUUCAAGGUACCAAGUUUUCUUCACGUUAAAUAAUGAAAUCUUGGUCGCUGCGGUGAGAAGAUUGCAUUGCAAAAGCACAUCACCGUCCCUGCUCACUCUUUUCGGGAACUACCUUAGGACAAACCAUGAGUUUCGACAGUUAUAGAGCCACGGAGAGGCGAUCUGCCAUGGAAACCAAGUCCUUUGAAGAUCGUCAGGACCAGCAUGGGACAACUCUCCAGGUGCUGUCACCAAGAGCUCAGUUUCCGGAAGGGAGCACCCGACAGGCUCCGAUCCCGGAGCAGCUAAGGCAGGCAUCUAGUGAGUCACCGAGAGUUCAGUUUUCGGAAGAGAGCACCCGACAGGCUACAAUCCAGGUGGAGCAAAGAAAGACAUCUAGAGAGAAACUGCCGAGGAUGGAGAAGAGAGCAGACAGCAGCCCCGCCUUCUCUUUUGGCCCUAGUUUGUAUAAGGGAAAUAUGGACGGAGAGGAUGUUCAGCAGCGCACAAGAGAGCAGGAGAAAGCAAGAGAGAAAGCCUCGUUCAGGAAAAGAAUGAAACUCUUCUUUUGGAAUCCAGAAACGAAGCAAUGCAUGGGGAGAUCAUGCCGGAGCUGGGGCGGGAUUUUGCUCUUCUAUCUGAUUUUUUAUGCUUUCCUGCUUGGAAUGUUCUCAUUGUGUAUGUAUGUAAUGUUGCACACUGUGAGUCCAUACGUACCAACUUACAGAGACAGAGUUGCUCCACCAGGACUGAUGAUGAGACCCUACCUCAGAGACUUUAAAGUCUGCUUCAACCAAAUGAACGACACUACGUGGUUGCCUUUUGUGAAAAAUAUGGAGCGGUUCUUAAAAGGUUAUGAUGACAAAGUCCAAGAAGACAAGAAUAUUGUGUGCACACCAGGCCAGUAUUUCAUCCAGGACAGUGAAGCAAGUGCAGUAAAACGAGCUUGCCAGUUCAAGCGCUCCAUGCUAAUGAACUGUUCUGGGGUGAACGAUACGACGUUUGGCUACGCCGUGGGAGAGCCCUGCAUCUUGCUCAAGAUGAAUCGGAUCGUCGGCUAUCAACCUGGCUAUGGGGGUCCGGUGACGGUGAGCUGCCAAAUGCAGAAAGGCGAUGACAGCAUUCUCCCGGACAUUCAUUUCUAUCCGAGCGCAACGUUUGAUCCCAUGUACUACCCGUACUAUGGCAAACUCACGCACGUCAACUACUCUUCUCCACUGGUAGCGGUUCGCUUUUCAAACGUGAAGAGAGACCACGUCUUGUCCAUUCAAUGCCAACUGAACGGAGAGGGCAUCGUCAACGACCACCAAAGUGACAAGUUUUUGGGGCGAAUCAUCUUCAAGCUGAAAGUCAGCUGAGCACGGGAGACGUCCUUGCUCCCCUCCUUUCUAUCUGAAUUGAUUUCUCUCCCUCUCUCUCCCCACUUGUGGAAAAAUGGCCGUGAACAAACACGCCCCAGGAGAAGGCAUAGCUGUUUUAGGGGAACCCCUUUGGUUUUUCCCAAAAGCACACAAAUAAAAGAAAUAGGAAUAGCUCGUAAGAGAGAAACUGUAGAGCAAGGCAUCGAUGCUUGAGGGUUCAUCCUGCCACCAAACACACAAGCCAUGUAAGGGAGUGUCGUUUUUCUCUGAAAUACACAUGCGAGAGUUCAGUUGGAAUGUUCACUUUCGUAUCAAAAAGAGUGGCAUUUGGUAUGAAACCAGCACAUUUGCCAGGAAACCGGUUUUUAUUUUCUCCUCUUCUUUUGUUGUUCUCAGAGGCCGGAGUUCAUUUUCCAAAGCCCAAGGGAACCAGACAAUAAUCCUAAUGCGUUGCGUAGGCCGGCUACUCCUUUAGACCUGGGCAAGGGAUUCUAGGGGGGAUAUAAAGACCGUGUGAUCAUCUU